UGAAAAUCAACGGUCAAUUUUCGACUUCAAAUCUAGUCUUUUCUUUGUUGACAGAGAUUUUUAAUUUUCUCGAAUUGCGUCAUAUUCCGGAAUUAAUGGCGGCUUCAAGCAGAGCCGGUGGCGGUUCCUCCUAUGCUGGCGCUGCUCCUUACAGAUCAAGAGAGGGUCUAAGCACGAGAGCGGUUGCUAGCUCCGAUGAAAUCCAAUUGCGGAUUGAUCCAAUGCACGCAGACUUUGACGACGAGAUCACCGGUCUCCGUGGCCAAGUUAAGCUAUUGCGCAACGUUGCUCAAGAGAUAAGCACAGAAGCAAAAUUUCAGAGGGAUUUCCUAGAUCAACUGCAAAUGACAAUGAUCAAAGCUCAGGCGGGUGUGAAGAACAACAUAAGGAAAUUGAACAAGAAUAUCAUCAAAUAUGGAUCGAACCAUAUCGUUCACGUUGUUCUAUUUGCACUGUUACUAUUCUUUGUGGUCUACAUGUUUUCAAAGAUCUUCAAAAGAUGAAGUCUGGUGAAUCUUCUGUGGGCCUGUACGCCAUAAGGGUGGUUCAUGACUGCAUACUAGCGGGAGUACAGAUUCUAUUGUAAAUUUUCAGUCAGAUCUUCAGUUGUGAUGAAAUAUUACUUCACUUUCAGGCUAGUUUUGGAAAAAUGAUUUUUCUUUACCAUACAAAUAAUGUUCACAACACAUUGACGUUUGCUUUGUGGAUUUGCACAAAUUUGAGUGCAAACGUACACAACCUCAUUCUAGUGCUGUGGUGUGGCAACGCUUUUGCGGGUGACUUGUUC